CCUCUCUCUGCCCUUGCUUGAAGACUUUCUGCCUUCGUAUAGCGACAACUCUGUAUCGGAAGUGCUAUCUUCUAACUCAACAUGGCGUUUUCGAUUCUAAUUCGCUAGAAGACAUUCACUCUCAUCAAUGACCGACUCGUCGUUAUCAACAAAUUGGCCAAUCACCGCGCUCCCAACGUUAACCGCAGUCGCAACAGUCGGGCAUUAGCCAAGCCGGCAGUACUCUCCCGGCUCGGCAAUAUAAACGUUCUAACGCAAUCAUAGAUCGCCUUCCAACCGUCAAUUAUGCUUUCCAAACUGUUCCUCCCGAUUCUCGUCGUUUUCCUCGCCUCACAAGCCGCAUGCGAGCGCGAUUGUCUCAACAGACAGCCUGUAGACGUCCAGGCUAGAGCUCGAGCGGCUGACGUGGUCGUGAGCGGGCAAGUGAAGAAACUCCUUCGCUCGAACGACUCAUCGCAGUACGCAGCCGAGAUUCUUGUCUAUUGGAUUUAUAAAGGGCAAUCCCACUUUCCGUCGGACUUCGUCGAGCCGGCACCGGUGUUUGUGAUGGGCUUCGGGCCUGAGGAUGACUGCCGUAAUGAGGUGGAGUUAGGAGACACGCUCUUGUUCUUUCUCAUGAUCGACACUGACGAGCAUUUGACGUUGAAUUACUACUGGGAUGCUGACAAUGUGAGCUUUGCUGAUGGGGUCGCGCCGAUGCAGUUGUUGAGUCUUGAUCAAACUGUGGAAGUAGUUGACGUGGUAAGAAGUGAGUGCGACAACUCUCUGUUUGGAUGCUGUCCGGAUGGCGUGACAACUAGAAAAACGUUUGGAGAUGAUUCUACUUGUGUAGUACGAACUGUCGAGAUUGUUGAUCCAGAACCAGACAACAGAAUAGUGGAGACCAUUAAAGGACCAAUCAAUCUCCUUGAUAUGUUAGGCGUUACAAGUCUCCCCAAUGGUGUUUAUAUUAAUACAGAUGAAAGCACAUGCCCCGAUGUCAGCCUCAUGGCUUUCUAUUUCGAUCCAACUCGGGGUCCUAUUUUGCAUAGAAAAGUUGCCAACGUGUUUGACGGUUACAACGAAUUUCCACGUGAAUUUGCCAUAUUAGGGCAGUCGAAGCAGAUUUCAGGUGACGAGUCGUAUUUCUUGGUAUCUAUGUUUGAUGCGGCACCCGCUUGGGGUGUGAGACUCACACCCAAUACAGUGGAGUUUAUAUAUGCAAACGUCAGUGGGAAAACUCAGAGUGUAGAGUUUACUAAGGAUCUUACUGAUGGACAAAAUCAUCGUUUUGCUUUUGCUGUUUCGGAGUUGAGUGUGAGUUUGUACGUUGACUGUGAGUUAGUGCAUACGCAUUUGAUUCCGAGGAAUACGAAGGUGUCGAUGGAUGGAUACAUCAGUAUUGGAUCUAAUGAUUUGUCCAACAGCAACUAUCACGGUAUCAUUGAGAAGCUACAAAUAUCAUCCAAUAUGGCUGAUGCCUCCAAUCUUUGCUCGGUUUUCCCAGCCUGUCCAGUUGCACCUACGGCACCUAUUCCAACAGCAGCUUCUAGCACAUUAUCUCCACCAGAUUCUACUGUCCCAACUGUCACUAAGUCUGUAACAGUAGAAACACCUACAGUUGUCUUAUCCGCAAGUGGAGAGGAGCCGACGCCAUCUGAUGAUCCAGUCACAUGUGGAGAUGAUACACCUUGCCCAUUUUAUGGUGUUUGCAUGGACGAUGGCUGUCAUUGUCCGAUUUGUAUGUCAGAGACGACAACUCUUGUGUGUGGCAGUGACGAGGUGACGUAUGCAACAGACUGUGCUGUAAGAAGGACGUCGUGUGUGGAGAAGCGGAUGAUUACGUAUAGAAAUGGAACAUGUGAUGAAGAGAUUGAGACGAGUGAACCAACAUCUAAACCUACUACAGAACCGACAUCGAGUGGCAAAAAUCCUAUAGAGUAUUCAGGUGCUAUUUGUCUUGGUGAAGUAGAGCCGUUGCUCAAUUCAUUUGGGAAUUACCUUAGCUGUAGUGAAGAUAAUGACUGCCCUAAAGAGUCGUCAUGUGACAUCACUGCUCAGGUGUGCUGCCCUGUUGUUUCGACUCCAACUCCAAUUCCAACUGAAGAGCCGGAGUGUGAUAUGAGUGUGUUCGGUUGCUGUCGAGACGGUGUGACAAGUGCAAGAGGAGUUGAUUAUCGAGGUUGCCCUGGUGAACUCAAUCUGAUGUUGGAGUUAGCAAACUCUCCUGGAGUCAGUCUAGCUCCUCCGUUCUGCCCUACAGAGCAAAUAGAUGCUCUAGCAUUUGCUGUUUCGUCAGAGUUUGAGCUAACCGUAAGCACACAGGAAAUCUACCCCAAACAUUUUCCCAAACAAUUCUCGAUUUUGAUGACAUUCCUGCUCAUGGAGUCAACACAUGGCACCAUCCUGACCGUCUAUGGUGCUCAACGUGACAUACAGUUGAGUGUGUCUGUAACCAGUGAAGGCCUGGCACUUGAAUAUGUCAGCACUGCUGAAGGGCAGAGACGCAGCAUUGUUGUUAACGAGUUAGCUGGCAUUUUGAAUGAUGGAAAGUAUCAUCGUGUGGCUGUGAGUUGGUAUAAUGGGGAAGUGACUUUUUAUGUCGAUUGUGGUGAGGGUAUAACGAGGGUGUUGGAUCAGCAGGCAGAUUUGGUGUUUGAUGCGAUGGGAGCGAUACGGAUUGGGAAGAAGUUGUUGUGUGAAAGAUGUGGCAUUCAGGGAGCUAUUGAACAGCUUUCAAUCAUUCCAGAUCCGGCAGCAGCCAGGAAACAAUGCGACAAGUUGCCAGCUUGUCCCACAACACAACCACCAACCACCCCACAAGCAACUACCACCCAACGCACCACCACACAACCCGCCACCACACAACCCGCCACCACACAACCCGCCACUACACAGGCCACAACCACUCAGGCUGCCACUACGCAGGCUGCUGCCACUACACAUGCCGCCACCACACAUUCUCGUGCUCCUGGCCAGUUUGUUGUUCCACAAUUCUCGACUGCUGGUUCGUAUCUCCAGUUCGAUGCGCUUAGCUCCUCUCGUGGGUUCUCGUUGGACAUGAGUUUUACGGCCACGGGUAGUGAUGGCAUUAUGUUUUAUGCUGAUGAUCCAGACAGUGGGGACUUUGUGGCUUUGUCAUAUGAGAACAGAGUUGUAGUGUUGAGAGUUAAUGAUGGCAGUGGGACUGUGACUGUUGAAUCUGAAGGCAAGAAAUUAAAAAAAGGUGAACAAUUCAAAGCCGUCGUUUCAAUCAAGAAAUCGACAAUUACACUGAAUGUUGAGAGUCGUAAACGUGCUACGAAAGAUCGAGGUCAAGGAGAGAAGUUCACACUCACUAAUGUUUUUGUUGGAGGCAUUCCUAGUGAUCAACAGACUAUUGAAGACGCUCAAGUCGUUCGUGGUUUUCAAGGCUGCGUUCACUUGCUCAACAUCAAUGAAAAAGACAUCGACUUACAGUCCUUUGCAGCAUCGAAUUCCGUGUUUCAGUGUGGUGAUAGGCCUCCAGAUGAUGUGUCUACACCAUCUGCUGAGAAAACCACAACAACACAAGCAUCCACAGCUACACAAGCACCUCCUCCACUCGGCACUCUUUCUUUUGCUGCUGCGUCUUACCUUGCAUUUGAUCCUCCUGAAGACUCGCGGUCAUUUGUACUCGACAUGGAGUUUAUUGUUACUGGGAACGACGGCCUGAUGUUUUAUGUUGCGAAUAAGAAGAGUGGAGAUUUUGUAUUGGCUUCGUACUUGGAGAGACGCAUAAGAGUGAGUGUAAACAAUGGAUCUGCAGCAGUGCAGUUGAUUUCCGGAGGCAAGAAUCUCAAGAAAGGCACUAAAUUUCGUUUUACAUUAUUGGUGAAAAGUGGAACAGUAACACUGAGUGUCGAUGGUCGUUCACGUCAAAGAGCUGAUCGAGAUACGUCCAAAAAGUUCAAGUUUGGUGACAAUCUUACGUUCAUUGGUGGCUUACCAGCUGAUGUGGAGCCACUUUCAAUGUCAUUGCCAUCAGGAAGUAGUGCUGGCUUUGAAGGCUGUGUGUUUGAUGUAUCAGUCAAUUCUGUGGAAUUGGAUUUCACAUCACCACGGAUGUACAAUGAUGUGUCUCAAUGUAAAGAAGAUGGUUCUGAUUCUCAGUGACAUUUUCAUUGAUUUCUUAAUACGAACGCAUGCCCUUUUGGACUUACUAUACACCGAUAUUUCUGGCAAUUCAGUAAUUAUUGGGUAUUGAAGAGGCAUGAGUAAGUGACUUAGGUAUUUCUAUUACGUGUAAGAAAA